UGGGGAGCAUUUCCUCUCCAGAAGCCCCUUGAAGGACGCAUCAUAGAUGCCGGAAGACGUCGGAUGAGGACAGCCCGGCUGAAGUGAGGUGUUCAGGAUAGACCAUGGCCGUGGCCCUGGAAUCCCAGGCCCAGGCCUCUCCCCCGCCAGAGCCUGAAGAACUCCUGAUUGUGAAACUGGAGGAGGACGCGUGGAGAUCGGAAUCCAAACCCCGGGAGAAGGACCGUGACCCUGUCUCUGGCCCUGAGGCCUCCCGCCAGCGCUUCAGGCAGUUCCAGUACAGGGAUGCAGCUGGACCCCAUGAGGCCUUCAGCCAGCUCUGGGCGCUCUGCUGUCGCUGGCUGAGGCCGGAGAUCCGCCUCAAAGAGCAGAUCCUGGAGCUCCUCGUGCUGGAGCAGUUCCUAACUAUCUUACCCAGGGAGGUCCAGGCCUGGGUGCAGGCACGCCAUCCUGAGAGCGGCGAGGAGGCGGUGGCCCUGGUGGAGGACUGGCACCGUGAGGCCCGGGCAGCAGGACAGCAGGAACUGGAAUUGUGUGCAGAAGAGACCAGGUCCUUAAAGGCACUGCAGGAAUCUCAGAGCUUGCAGCUGCAGCCAGCAGAUCACUGGCUUGAGGGACAGUCCCAGAAGCGAUGGGUGAAGAAUCCAUGCCCUGACCUUCCCAAGCAUCUAGACACCAAGAUGGUGCCACAGCCACUGAGAGAGAGUGCUGUUCUCACUCCCCGAGUCCCUACUCUCCCAAAGAUGGGGAGUGUUGGAGAUUGGGAGGUGACAGCCGAGUCCCAGGAAGCCCUGGGCCCUGGCAAACAUGCUGAGAAGGAGUUCCGGAAGGACCCCCCAGGAGACAGCUGUGGGAACGGCGUGUCCCUGGGAGUUCCAAUUUCAAAACCAAAUAUCAUCUCCCAGCGAGAGCAAGGACCAGAAUUUUGGGGUCCAAGCCUUAUAAGUUCUAGAAAAAGGAACACUGCAGAUUACAGCAUGGAUAAUGAGCAAACAAAACCAGCUCAGGCGUUGUCCUGGAGGGACUCAAGGGCCUGGGAAGAAUGCCAAUGGGACGUGGAGGACAUGAAGGUGUCAGGUGUGCACUGGGGCUAUGAGGAGACCAAAACUUUCCUGGCAAUUUUGAGUGAGUCUCCUUUCUCUGAAAAGCUCCGGACUUGUCACCAGAACCGCCAGGUAUACCGGGCCAUUGCAGAGCGCCUAAGGGCACGGGGCUUCCUGCGGACACUGGAGCAGUGUCGCUACAGAGUCAAAAACCUCCUACGGAAUUACCGCAAAGCCAAGAGCAGCCACCCACCAGGGACCUGCCCCUUCUAUGAGGAGCUGGAGGCCCUGGUGAGGGCUCGGACGGCCAUCAGAGCCACAGAUGGCACAGGAGAGGCUGUGGCACUCCCCAGGCUGGGGGAUAGUGACGCAGAGAUGGAUGAGCAGGAGGAAGGGAGCUGGGAGCCUGAGGAAACAGUGGAAGACUGUAACGGGCAUGACCUGGCCACUGAUGAAUCUACCCAGGGGCCCAGGAUUCCUGGGGGCCCAGCUCUGUUCCAGAGUCGUAUUGCAGGUGUGCACUGGGGCUACGAGGAGACCAAGACCUUCCUGACCAUUCUCAGUGAGUCCCCAUACUCUGAAAAGCUUCGCACCUGUCACCAGAACAGCCAGGUGUACCGGGCCAUUGCAGAGCGGCUGUGUGCACAGGGCUUCCUGCGGACACUGGAGCAGUGUCGCUACAGAUUCAAGAACCUCCUUCGAAGCUACCGGAAAGCCAAGAGCAGCCGCCCACCGGGGACAUGCCCCUUCUAUGAGGAGCUGGACUCACUGAUGAGGGCUCGGACUGCGGUCAGAGCCAUAGGGACUCUCAGGGAGGCAGUGGGUCUCCCUAGGUCUGAGCAGAGCAGUACCGAGGCUGACGACCAGGAGGCCUGGGAUGAGAUGGCAGAUGAAGAUGCCAUCAAACCUCCAACCCCAUGUCCUAAAACCCCAAACACUGGUUUUGAGAUGAGGCAUGAGGACGAAGACCAGAUUUCAGAGCAGGACAUUUUUGAGGAUUUGCCGGGAGCUCUAUCAAAAUGUGCUUCAGAGGGUAUUUGCCACCCUCAUGACUGGGGGGACUGUGAAAAUGAAAAUGAAGGUGCGGGGCAGUGGGGAAAUCCCCCACAAGAAGAGUGGGAAGAAUGUUCUUCUGAGGAGGACUUAGAAAAACUUAUUGACCAUCAAGGCCUGUACCUUGCCCAGAAACCCUACAAGUGUGACACAUGUGUGAAGAGCUUUAGUCGGAGUUCCCACUUCAUCGCCCACCAGCGGAUCCACACAGGUGAGAAGCCCUACACAUGCCUUGAAUGUGGGAAAAGCUUUAGUGACCGCUCCAACCUCAAUACCCAUCAGAGAAUCCACACUGGAGAGAAGCCCUACAAAUGCCUGGAAUGUGGAAAAAGCUUUAGCGACCACUCCAAUCUCGUCACGCACCAGAGAAUCCACACGGGGGAAAAGCCCUAUAAAUGUGGGGAAUGUUGGAAAAGCUUCAACCAGAGCUCAAACCUUCUGAAACAUCAGAGAAUCCACCUGGGAGGAAAUCCUGACCACUGUAGUGAGCCUGGGGACAACUUUGGCCAAAGCCCAUCCUUCAGUGCCCCCUGGAGGAACCCUAUAGAGAAGACAUCUCCCGAACAACCUCAAAGUGCCACUAAGAACUUGAAUUCUCCUGGACCACACAGUGCCAACUCAGGGGAAAAACUUUAUCAUUGUUCUGAAUGUGGAAGAACCUUCUCUAAGAGCUCUGCCCUCAUUAGUCACCAAAGAAUCCAUACGGGAGAGAAACCGUAUGAAUGUGCCGAAUGUGGGAAAAGCUUCAGUAAGAGCUCCACACUGGCCAACCAUCAGCGAACCCACACUGGAGAGAAGCCGUAUAAGUGUGCGGACUGUGGGAAAUGCUUCAGUGAGCGCUCCAAGCUCAUCACACACCAGAGAGUGCACACAGGAGAGAAGCCCUACAGAUGCCCUGAGUGUGGAAAGUUCUUCCGUGACCGCUCUAACCUCAUUACUCACCAGAGGAUUCACACGGGCGAGAAGCCUUAUAAGUGCAGAGAGUGUGGGAAAUGCUUUAACCAGAGCUCCAGUCUUAUUAUUCACCAGAGAAUCCACACUGGGGAGAAACCCUACAAGUGCAUGGAGUGUGGUAAAGACUUCAACAAUAGCUCACACUUCAGUGCCCACCGGAGAACCCACGCAGGAGGGAAAGCAUCGUAGGAGACACCUCACCCCCAACAAAAGAGAUAAACAUAUAUUUAAAUCCCCAAGAUCAUAAGAUGUAUGCUAGAAAGAAAUGUACCCAAUUUUUAAGCUUGGUGUAUACCCAGGGAAGUUAUCUUGAUAUAAUCCAGGUAAUUUAGAAGUGAAUUAUAAAUGCUAAGGAUCCAGA